UGCUCAAGAGAGCAGCAGUUCAGAAGUGCAUGGGAUGUCACGGACGACAGUCCUCUCUGGGUUUUACCAUUCCUCUCCACCAUGAUCAACACUUACCAGACCAGCUUGGCUCCACCACCGCUGCCUCCACGUCUCAACAGGUCCCAUCAGGUCCUCAUCCCAGAUCCGCUUCCAUCACAAGGCCACAACAAACCUCUCAUCCGAUUUUUGGUGGCUGUAGUGCUGCUGCAUUUAUUCCUGUCAGUUGGAGGAUUCAUCUAUCUGUACAACAAUGGCAAAACGGAAAAACGUUCUGCAGAAGGAAAAGUGGCUUAUAUUUCAUCAGAAAAGCAGGAAACUUCCUCUAGAACCUUGGCACACAUGGUAGUUGAGCACAAAGCACGCACAGCAGAAGCGAAAUCUACACCGGGUUAUCUCCAGUGGGACAUGAACCACUCAGUUCGUAGGGACAUCAACUACUACCACAACAGCUGGUUGACUAUCCUGCAGCCAGGCGACUACUACGUUUACUCCAGGGUGACCUUCUCCAAGGGCGACUCUCGGCAGCCACUGACAAGCAAGGUCAAGCUGAGGAAGAACGAGACAGGAGAGGAGAAGACUGUGAUGCAGGCCUUCUGCAGUCUGGGCAGCCACAGUGGGUCUGCGUCGAUCCCUCACCUGUGCACAGCCUCGCAGGUAGAGGUGAUCACACUGGAGAAAGGAAACCAGCUCAGUGUCUGGGUACAAGACCUUUUACUGGUGGACUAUGAUGACAAAGCCACAACCUUUGGGAUGUACAAACUGUAGGACUCCGAUGUGAGCACAUGCAUGGACCUAAGCUGAAGGGUGGGCAUUCCUGAAGUGGAUGGAACUACUGAGAACACUGUUAAAUAGACUGGAUCAGAAAUCAAAUUCAUUCUUUCUAAUUUUUUUUUUUUUUUGUGGAUUCUCAAACUAUAAUUUAUUAAAUCAAACAUAAUUUUGUGUUAUUUCUGUGGCAGUAAUGUGAAUGGUUGUUCUGUAUUUAUUGAUGUAAAUAAGAUUGUUUGGUUGUGAAAUGAAACUUUGAUAUUUAAUCUAAAACAUUUCUGCUCUUCUCCUCAUCGUGUUCUGCAUGUGCCCUGUUUCAGGCCUUAGGUGAGAGUAAAGGGGAAACACACACACUAGACAUAAAAGAUCCACUCUAAAGGGCCACAUAUUUGGCAUCUCUGUUGUUGAGUUUCACAAUUAGACACUGUCAGCAAAGCGCAGGAUAUCUUAAAUCGUGUAAAGGAAAGAGGAAAAAAUAUAUACUCAGAAUGAUCCUCUGUGGGUUACUCAGACAUCAAACUUUUAUCAGUGCAUAAACCGACUGCAUUUUGCACUCUAGCUCAGUUUGUACCACUGUGGUUUAAAAUUUCUAGGACACAGGAAACCACAUAGCAAAGAUGCAUUUUCUCGUGAUGCCAAGCCACAAGAAACAGGACCCCUCAGGGUGAAGGUUACCAGGCAAGGAGGGCAUCUAGACUCAGCAAUGACCAUCACUUUGAUGGUGUGCGUAUAAAGAAACGUAGGAAUCAAACUCAACAUCAGUAUCUGAUUAGGACCCCAACUUUAUUUAAACACCCUUAAUCACAAAUCACGAGUAUUAUUAUCAAUACUUAUUAUUAUGUUGUUGAUCGUGUUUUAAAGCAAACUGCAUACUUUCCACUGCAACCUCCAAUGUAUUUUUCUAUCUUCCUAUGUAGCUACUUUUUCCACUUUUUUCCAUAGGAUAUGUGAAUCAUUUAUCAGACUUUUGAAACUUUUUUAAAGUUGUAUUAUCCGUCACAGUAAACUUUAGAUUUUUCACUCCAUUUUACUUGUAGAUCUAGACUCAGGCAAGGCUGAAGAGCACUGUUUUAUUUUCAUUCUGUAUAAAACUGAAUUUAGACCAGUGGCUCCUCAAAGAAAGGGAAAAGGGCCUUGAAAAAGGAGCAGCACCAACAGCUGAAACUUUGAAAUAUAUCAUUAAUGUCAAAUUAUUUAGGAUUCAGAAAGAAAAUUUCAUGUCAAAACAUGAAAAAUAACUGUAGUUGUUCUGUUAAAAUGCAUAUAUAAAUUGUUUAGACCUUGACCUAGUAUUUUAAAUCCAAUUACUGGGUACACAUUAACAUACAGGUAUGAGUUACAAAAAAUCCUGCCUGGUGACUAAUAUGAAGGUUUUGAAAUUACUUGCUGAGUAAUAUAUAUUACAAAAAAAAAAGCUCUGCCAACCAACCCACCAUGAAACAAAAUUCACUGCAGUGCAAUUUCAAG